AUGCCUUCCUUAUUCUCAGCCUUCUUCCCACCUGAUCCAACUUUCACGGAUAAGGAUCUGCCAUCUCUCGCUGGCAAAGUGUUCAUCGUCACCGGCGCAGCCUCUGGAGUAGGGUUCGACCUUGUGAAGAUCAUCUACGUCGCGGGCGGAACCGUGUAUGUUGCUGCUCGCUCAGCAUCACGAUGUGAGGGUGCCAUCGAGAAAAUCAAGGCCCAAACAAGCAGCCAGAAAUAUGCAGGGAAGUUGAAAACCAUGGUGAUCGACCUAGCAGAUCUAGAGACGGUGAAAGUUGCUGUCGAUGAAUUUCUGCGUCGAGAAACCCGGCUCGAUGUCCUGUUUAACAAUGCGGCUGUGAUGCUUCCGCCCACUGGAAGCAAAAGCAAACAGGGGCAGAACCUCGAAAUGGCUACUAAUUGCGUGGCGCCAUACCUCCUCACAACUCUCCUCGAGCCUAUUCUCAUCCGAACCGCAGCUUCGAGCCCUCCACUUAGCGUCAGAGUCGUUUUUGUUGUAGCGCUUAUGCAAUACGGCAAUCCCGCCGGGAAAAUGUCGUUUGACGACCAUGGAGAUCCAAAGAUCCCGCCGAAGCAAUGGGAUACUUACAUGCAGAGCAAAGUGGGUGGGACGUGGUUAGCAGCUGGAUUUGCGCAGCAACUCGGAAGCAAAGGAAUUCUCAGCGUGUCCGUGCAUCCAGGAUUGAUGAGAACUGAGUUGCAGCGCAACAUGAGUGUUAUCGACCGAGUGGUGAUGAAGUACAUCUUCAAGCCUCCCGUGCACGGCGCCUACUCCGAGCUCUAUGCUGCUUUCUCUCCACAGCUCAAAGCAGAAAAUAAUGGCGGAUAUGUGAUGGCUUGGGGAAGAAUUGCAGACCUACCCGAAGAUAUCACUAAAGGGCUCAAGAGUAGAGCCGAGGGUGGGAGUGGUGCUGCAAAAAUGUUCUUGGACUAUUGCGCGCGAGAGACGAAGGAUUUCCAGAAGUCGUGA